AACUCUAAUCAUUUCAAUUCAGCUCAUUUCAGUAAAUCAGAAUAAGCUCUAAGUUAGUUAUCCCGUCAUCUAAACCAAAGCCUAAUUUUGAGAAAGAAAAAAAAAAAAAAAAAAAAAAAGAAAAGAAGAUUCUUGAGCAUUGAAUACUCAAGUUGACGCAUCCAGCGUGGUCCAAUGUAUCAACUAAAAAAGAUUAUUUCAUUUGCAGAAUCUCACCGGCACCUCAAUACUUUUCGUUUUCAUACAACAGAACAACUCUAACAAAUUUCUCAUUUACAACUUCCACUUUGCCAAUACUUCAGGAAAUUAAACCAUAUAUUAUACACAUUCAUAUUUUUUAAUAUCAUAUAUUAUAUCAUUAUAUUAGUAUUUGCAUAUAUUGCAAGUAUUAGACCAAGUUAUUUGUUUUUAAUUGACCAAGUUGAAGAAGACGUAUAUAUUUAUUUAUUUAUUGCCUUCCCAUUUAUUCAUUUCUCCCAAAUCUCACGGUAUCGAAACUAUCAAUCAAAAAUCAACCUUUUUGAAGAGGAUUUCUUUUGCUUAAUUUCUAGGCGCACAACAUUAAAGUGGUCAGAAAUUAUUUCGGCAAAGCGGGAAAAGGGAAAAGAGUUUUGUUCAUUAUCAUCUAGUAGACCCAGGGUCCCGGGGGCAUCUGGGUAUUUUUACAAUGGAAUACGAAAAUCAUAGUUGGAUUUGGGAUGGAGUUUGCUACUACCCGCAUGUAUUUGGAGGAAUAAUGAUCACAGCAGCUCUACUUGGUCUAUCGACAAGCUACUUUGGCGGGAUUGGAGUUCAUUAUCUGCCUUAUUUGUGUCCUGGUUUUGGUAUUUUGAAAAAGCGUGCACAUGAGAAGAAACGUGUUAGAGUGUACAUGGAUGGAUGCUUUGAUUUGAUGCAUUAUGGUCAUGCAAAUGCACUGAGGCAAGCAAAGGCUCUAGGAGAUGAGUUAGUUGUAGGAGUUGUUAGCGAUGAAGAAAUUUUGGCUAACAAAGGGCCUCCAGUGUUGUCUAUGGAAGAAAGGUUGGCACUGGUUGGCGGGUUAAAAUGGGUCGACGAAGUCAUUCCUAAUGCUCCCUAUGAAAUUACUGAGCAGUUUAUGAAAACUCUCUUUAAAGAGUACAAAAUUGACUAUAUCAUACAUGGUGAUGAUCCUUGCUUACUACCUGAUGGAACUGAUGCUUAUGCAUUGGCGAAGAAAGCUGGCCGCUACAAACAAAUCAAACGUACAGAAGGAGUUUCAAGCACAGACAUUGUAGGAAGGAUACUUCUAACUGGUCGAGAUCACAGUGCUCACAAAGAUAGUGAUGAUCUGACUUCACAUCAGGAAUCUUGUGGCGUUAAGCAAGUCACUAAGAUAAAGCAGCCUACAGUUGGUCAUUUAUCUCAUUUUCUUCCCACCUCCAGGCGCAUUGUGCAGUUCUCAAAUGGGAAGGGGCCGGGACCAAAUGCUCGUGUUGUGUAUAUUGAUGGAGCAUUUGAUCUUUUCCAUGCUGGACAUGUCGAGAUACUUAGAGCUGCUCGACAGCUUGGAGAUUUCUUACUUGUUGGCAUUUACACAGACCAAACUGUCAGUGAAAUUCGGGGGCCAGGAUAUCCAUUGAUGAAUUUACAUGAGCGCAGUCUCAGUGUAUUGGGUUGUCGUUAUGUUGAUGAAAUCAUCAUGGGUUCACCGUGGGAGGUCACUUCGGACAUGGUAACAACCUUCAACAUUUGUUUAGUUGUACAUGGAACAAUAUCGGAGGCUAAUCCUCUAAUCAAUGGAGAUGUUGAUCCCUAUGCAGUGCCCAAGAGUAUGGGUAUUUUCAGGAUAAUUGAAAGCCCCAAAAACAUAACUACGUCUUCUGUGGCUCAAAGAAUUAUCACCAAUCAUGAAAUCUACAAGAAACGAAACCUUAAGAAGGUGCAAAGUGAGAAGAAAUACUAUGAACAGAAGACAUAUGUGUCGGGAGACUGAGACUCCCUAAAUGUCAUUAGACAUACCUCAAUCGAUGCAAGCCUCCCUAGAACAGGCUUAGAAUUGCAUGUAUAGUUUGCAGAUAGAUACUCGUGGAUAGGCUCAAUGCUAACAGCUCGAGAAAGAAGAUAGCAAGCCAAGUCAUUGAUUGAACCUAGGCUACCCUGAGUUGCCUAACAACCUGGUCGUCCUCUCUCCGCCUCUUUCUCAUUGCUAAGUCAUCAGUGGUAAUGCAGUACAUCCUCAAUUAUCAAUUAGCAGAAUAUGCGGCUCGUAUUUAUAUUUAUAUCAUAAUCGUGAAAGUUCACUCACUCUGCAAGGAGGAAGUUUUGUUGUGUAUCUCUACUGAGUUUAGGGAAAUAUAUUUUUUAUUAUUUUUUUUCUUUUAUUUUUUACUUCUUUUUUCUCUUUGUUUCGUGGGGGGUUUUACACCCUUUCAGGCCCUAUUUAGUCGUGUAUUUGUAUUAUUUAUCUACCAUGAAGAUUCAUUCUUUUAACUCUCUUUGUUGAAUGGAGUAAUAUGCUCAAGUUGAUAAGCUUUUGCGUUUUUGUUAAAA